CACUACGCUUUUAUGUAUUGUUGUGCCGCGUUAUUGUGAGAUGGUUCCAUCGCACAACAGCAAAGCGUGUUGAUCAAGUCGAGUCCUCACAGAUUCUGCGGAGAGAGAGAGAGAGAGAGAUCCGGCGGUGCAUCGGAAUUAGACGUCGGCCUUUGUUGAUCGAUCGAGAUGAGUUUCCUCUUCGGCAAGCGGAAGACACCGGCAGAACUCCUGCGCGAGAAUAAGAGGAUGCUGGACAAAUCUAUUAGAGAAAUAGAAAGAGAGAGGCAAGGAUUACAAGCCCAAGAGAAGAAAUUGAUUGUCGAGAUAAAGAAAAGUGCCAAGCAAGGGCAGAUGGGAGCUGUUAAGGUGAUGGCAAAAGACCUUAUUAGGACCCGACAUCAAAUUGAAAAAUUUUAUAAGCUGAAAUCCCAGCUCCAGGGUGUAUCUCUUAGAAUUCAGACUCUGAAGUCAACACAAGCAAUGGGAGAGGCGAUGAAAGGUGUCACAAAGGCAAUGGGCCAGAUGAAUAGGCAGAUGAACUUGCCUUCACUGCAGAGAAUUAUGCAAGAAUUUGAGAUGCAAAAUGAAAAGAUGGAAAUGGUUACUGAGGUCAUGGGAGAUGCCAUUGAUGAUGCUCUGGAAGGGGAUGAGGAGGAAGAAGAAACAGAAGAGCUCGUGAAUCAGGUUCUUGAUGAGAUCGGGAUCGACAUAAACUCAGAGCUUCUGAAUGCACCAUCAUCUGCUGUAGCUGCCCCAGCAGCGAAGAACAAGGUCGCACAAGCUGAAGCGACAGGAAACGAGGACAGCGGGAUAGACAGUGACUUACAGGCAAGGUUAGACAAUUUAAGAAGAAUGUAGCCUUUCAGCGUAGCGUACUUCAAAAUAGUUCAACUGGGGAAGUUGACAGGUUGAAAUGCUGCCCUGCAAUAUUUGAGAAGAAUUAAUCAGCCUCAUGGGUUGGUAAUAUCUUAUAUUGUAAUGAAAAUCACUCUUUAAUUGGUACCAUAUGUAAUUAUCCAUUCUCACCUAAUUAUUGGGGGCCUUGUCUUGUGUA